GGGAACGAGACCUUGUGGCUUGUCAUGUGAUUCUGAUAAAGAUUCUGAAACGAACAUUACGACAUUUUUUAUAAGAAUCGUUUAGGUUUUCCACCACGUUUACUGUGUAAUAAACUUUAACUUUGAAUAUGUCGACUGACGAUUCAAUGAAACCUCCUUAUGUUCACUUUUUCGGAGUAAUGGGUGCUACUUCGGCCAUGGUUUUUAGUGCACUAGGUGCAGCCUAUGGAACGGCAAAAAGUGGGACAGGUAUUGCAGCGAUGAGUGUUAUGAGACCAGAGCUAAUUAUGAGAUCUGUUAUACCAGUUGUUAUGGCUGGAAUUCUUGGUAUUUAUGGUUUAGUUGUUGGUGCUUUGAUCGGCAAUGGAAUGGAUUCAAGCUAUACAUUAUUCAAGAGUUUCUUAGAUUUAGGAGCUGGUUUAAGUGUUGGUUUAAGUGGCUUGGCUGCUGGAUUUGCCAUUGGUAUUGUUGGUGAUGCUGGUGUUCGAGGGUCUGCACAGCAACCUCGUCUUUUUGUUGGAAUGAUUCUAAUCCUCAUCUUUGCUGAAGUUCUUGGUCUAUAUGGCUUAAUUGUUGCUUUGAUAUUGCACACAAAGUCAUAAAUUCUUUAUCAUUACACUCAAUAAUUUGCAUAUCUCUACAAAACUUUGACAAUUUCACAUAUGUGUGUCAUUGCCAGUUAUUAAUUAAGCAUUUCUUGGUGAUUUUAACACAUGAGUAAACUUUGAUAUUUAUGUCACACUUAAUGAUGAAGUGAUUAAUGUUUUCAGAUCUUUGAAAAUGUGAAUAUUAAAAUAAUAAAAUUUCUUCAUGCUA